AUGCUCCACAGCGGAAACCCACGAAGUGAGGAAGGGGGAGGACGACCACCGGGGGCCCGACCCACCCGCCCCGCCCGCGGCGAGGACGACCGACCGCCCACGUGGGUUCCCGAGGGGCGCAGCGCGCCGCGGCGGCGUGGAGGAGCGAGGGGGCGACCCCGCUCGUGGGCCCGGCGCGGGUCCGGGGACGGCAGACGCGCCCUGGCGUCCACCCGCCGAGGGACCCGACCCGCGCUCGGGCGAGGCCACCGGGACUCCCCUCGCCCAGCAACGCCGUCGGCGGACAGAGGGCAGCUACGCGCAACGCAGCGGGGCCGGGCGGGCGGGGAAGCGAGACGCACCGGGGCGCGGCCCGGGGAUCGGCAGACGCACGGACCGACGGAGAGGGGCACCGACGGCGGAGGCGGUGGGGCCCGGGGCAACUGGAAACCGCCCGGACGCAGUCGGCCGCCGGCCCGCCCCGGGCUCUCAGCGCCCACGGUCUCAGCACCGGGUGGGGGCGCUCCCGCGGCGCCCACCGCUCUCCCGCCGCGUCCCCGCGCCCCCACCGCCCUCGCGCCACCCGCCGGGCCCAGCUCCCCGCCUCCUCCCCGAGGGCCCUCCGCCAGGGGACGCCAGCUGCAGGGAGGCCAGGGACGACACCCAAGGCCCCGGACAGCGGAGGAGCGCGGGCGGGCACCCGUGCAGGGCGGGGGGACGGCGGGCAGCGAGGGCCGCGGGGCCGGGCCCCGAGAGAGCGACACGGCCGGGCCGGCAGGACAGCAAGCGCGGGCCCCACCGCCACACGCGGGGGCGCUCCCGGGACGCCGGCCACCCCCCGAGCCCCCACGCCCCGGCCCCGCCGCCCGGCCCGCGUGCCCCGCGCCGCCGCGUGCAGCGGAGGGGCCCGGACACCGUCCCCGCAGAUCGGCGCUCAUCGAGCCCGACCCCGAGGCUCACGUAGAGGGAGGGGGCCCAGACCCCGGCCGCCGCACGCUCGGGGAGAGGGCCGGCGAGGUCAUGCUCCGCGCUUUUGGGGAAUUGCGUUUUUCUUUUCCUUUGGAUUAG